AUGGCUCAAAGUGACCACUCAUACUGUUUAAAACAUUCAGACAUCGAUUUCAUUCAUCAAGCUGAAACAGACGUAUCACACACCAGCGGACAAAUGGAGAAGAAACUGUCGUUGUCUGUUAGUGGCCAUUUGACGUUACAUCGACGCACACACACUGACGAAAAACCGUGCGCAUGCGAUGUAUGUGACAAGUCAUUCAGCGAAAGUAGCAGUUUGACAAAUCAUCGACGCAUACACACUGGCGAAAAACCGUACUCGUGUGUUGUGUGCAGAAAGCUAUUCUCUGUAAGUAGCAGUUUGACAAGACAUCGACGCACACACACUGGCGAAAAACCGUACGCGUGCAAUUUAUGUGACAAGUCGUUUUGUGAACGAUACAAUUUGACAGUACAUCGACGCACACACACUGGCGAAAAACCGUACGCGUGUGAUGUCUGCGACAAGUCGUUUAGCCAUAGUACCAAUUUGACGAAACAUCGACGCAUACACACUCUCGAAAAACCGUACGCGUGCAAUGUAUGCCGCAAGUCUUUUAUUCAAAGUACUAGUUUGAAAAUUCAUCGACGCAUACACACUGGCGAGAAACCGUACGCAUGCGAUGUAUGCAACAAGUCGUAUACCCAAAGUCGCCAUUUGACAAACUAUCAAUGCUCACACACUGACGAAAAACCGUACGCGUGCGAUGUAUGCCAAUGGUCGUUUAGCCAAAGUAGCAGUUUGAAGAUACAUCGACGCACACACACUGGUGAGAAACCGUACGCGUGCGAUGUAUGCGACAUGUCAUUUAUAAAUAGUAGCCAUUUACAAACGCAUCGACGCACACACACUGGUGAAAAACCGUACGCGUGCGAUGUAUGCGACAUGUCAUUCAUAAAUAGUAGCCAUUUACAAACGCAUCGACGCACACACACUGGUGAAAAACCGUACGCUUGCGAUGUAUGCGAAUGGUCGUUUAGCCAAAGUAGCAGUUUGAAGAUACAUCGACGCACACACACUGGCGAAAAACCGUACGUCUGCGAUGUAUGUGAUAAGGCAUUUAUCAAAAGUAGCCAUUUACAAACGCAUCGACGCACACACACUGGUGAAAAACCGUACGCUUGCGAUGUAUGCCAAAAGUCGUUUAGCCAAAGUAGCAGUUUGAAGAUACAUCGACGCACACACACUGGUGAAAAACCGUACGCGUGUGAAGUAUGCGACAAGUGGUUUUCUACAAGUAGCCAUUUUACGAUACAUCUACGCACACACACUGGAGAAAACCCGUACGUCUGCGAUGUAUGUGAUAAGGCAUUCUCUGUCAGUAGCCAUUUAAAGAAGCAUCGGCGCUCACACAUUGGCGUUAAACCGUAG